AUGGCUUUCUUUUUUCCCCUGAAUGCGCUCACGGACCUUCGCCACACCCCCUGUGACACACAGCUGUACACUGGCAAAAGCAAAAUUUGGUGUGAUGGACGCUGCAUUUCCGGCGUUAACCACGGUGUCAUUGCCUUUGUUUUCUUCUUGAUUUUAGGACCACCCGCCCUCUUCUAUGGCUUCAGUGGACCAUACUUUUGGAAUGAGGUUUCGCCUGCCGUUAUUCUCGUUCUCAUUUACCUACAGUAUCUCACUGUUUCCAAUCUGCUGUGGGUUUACCUGACGGAUCCAGCAGCAGCUGCCGACUUUAAAAUCCAACUCACCUCUGUCACCUUCCUGCCGCCAGGGAUCAUUCCCCGCGCCACUCGCGAUGAAGAUGAAGCGCUGCAUGCUGCGCGUCACCGCGGCAAUAUGAGUGCACCCCGCACCCAAUCCAUCACAGUUCAGGGACAGCAAGUGGAGCUCAACCACUGCUUUACCUGCCAUACUGUCAAGCAGCCUCGAUCCAAUCAUUGCAGUCAAACCAACAACUGCGUUUUGGUUUUUGAUCACUACUGCCCAUGGACCAGCCAAACAAUUGGAGAGCGCAACUAUCGCUUCUUCUUUUCUUUUCUUCUCUCGGCAUUUGCCAGCAUUGUCUAUAUUUUUGUCUGCUCCAUCUGUCACCUUGUGGCCCUGAUUGAUGAGAAAGAUACGUUUGGAAGCGCACUUCGUGCUCAGCCCUAUUUGGCCAUCAUUAUUGUUCUGAUGUUCCUGCUCAUGCUCUCGCUGGGUGGCAUGGUUGGCUUUCAUGAGUUUCUCAUCAGCAUUGGCAUGUCUACCAAUGAGACAUUCAAAUUUGAUCUGAAUGACACCAGUCCCUAUGCGCGGGGCAGCUGGCUGCAGCGAAAUCUAAUGGCGUUGCUGGGCCCGCGAAAGCCGACCCUCGUGCGCUGGCGUGAACCGGCUUCCAGCUGUGAAUAUCAAGUACACGCCUACUUCCAAGAAUUUAAGAGCAAAGCAGCCCAGACUGUGACGACCCGGACCUUGGCGCCACCAGCCGCUGCACAAGCCGUGGCACCCCCACCCGUAGCGAGCGCCACCGCCCCACCCGCCUCCCACGACCCUCCCAUCGACAACAGCCGGUCUGGCGCAUCGCCCAGUCCACCAAAGCCUGUCGCAACCUCCGCUGAAGGGGGCACGACACCCAGCCGUGCGCACGACGGUCAUUCGUUGACUGGAGCAGCGCACGAGGACGCCAGAAGUCGGGUUGAUGAUGACUUUCGUUUGCGACCCGCCUCCUCAAACCUGAGCCUUUUGGCCAUGCCAGGCGAACGGGAGCUAGGAGCCAGUCGCGAGCAGCUCAACAUCCCGCCUGGCGCCCGGGAGAACUCGUCCAUGCUCAAUUCAGCCCCGGACGGAGCGCGCAUGACAGACAGUGCUGUCGUGACCGAAUCGGCGGACGAGCAUCCAGGCGACCACGUCUCGCAGCGUGGCAGACGCGAUAGUGCCAUGAGCAACGAUCACGGUGUAGAGGAAGUGGCCCGCCACGUCAGAAAUGCUCGCACACCAGUCUUGCGAGAAACGCCUAGUGCCAGCCCCCGCUCGCGCGUAGAUUUGGUUUAA